UUUCUUUCCAGAAACCAAAAAAAUCCAGUUAGCUUCUGUUGAAUUUGUUGAAUCUAACAAUGUCUGGACGCGGAAAGGGAGGAAAGGGGCUGGGAAAGGGCGGAGCAAAGCGUCACCGGAAAGUUCUCCGGGAUAACAUUCAGGGAAUCACUAAACCGGCGAUCAGGAGGCUGGCUAGAAGAGGAGGAGUGAAGAGGAUCAGCGGUCUGAUUUAUGAAGAGACACGUGGAGUUUUGAAGAUAUUUUUGGAGAAUGUGAUUCGCGACGCGGUUACGUAUACGGAGCAUGCGAGGAGGAAGACGGUGACGGCGAUGGAUGUUGUUUAUGCGUUGAAGAGGCAGGGAAGAACUUUGUAUGGCUUUGGUGGUUGAAUAGUUGAUUGAUACUAGCAUCGUUGUUAGAUUAUUGUAUGAAUUGUUGUCUUAUCUUGGAACAAUUUGGUUUUGAAUUAUUUGAAAUAUUGUGAUA